GUCAGUCUCUGCCACUUCUCCCACCCUCCUCGCCAUGUUCCUCACUCGUUCAGAAUACGAUCGCGGUGUCAAUACAUUUUCCCCAGAGGGCCGGUUAUUCCAAGUCGAAUACGCUAUUGAGGCUAUCAAGCUAGGAUCAACAACUGUCGGAGUAUGCACGAAGGAGGGCGUCGUUCUCGCCGUCGAGAAACGCGUCCAGUCUCCCCUACUUGUGUCCUCGUCGAUCGAGAAGAUCAUGGAGAUUGACCGCCACCUUGGGUGCGCCAUGUCGGGACUCAUCGCCGACGCGCGGACAAUGGUCGACCACGCACGCGUAACGUCGCAGAACCACGCAUUCGUCUACGACGAGCGCAUCAAAGUUGAGAGUGCCACCCAGGCGGUAUGCGACUUGGCGCUGCGGUUCGGUGAGAGUGUACACGACGAGGAAGCGAUGAUGAGUCGGCCGUUCGGUGUCGCUUUACUCAUCGCAGGUGUCGACGAGAAUGGUCCUCAGCUAUUCCACACAGACCCAUCGGGCACCUUUGUGCGGUACGAGGCGAAGGCUGUGGGAUCGGGAUCGGAGGCGGCGCAAAGCGAGCUCCAGGACAAGUGGCAUAAGAAUAUGACCUUGAAGGAAGCGCACAUUCUUACUCUGCGCGUGCUGAAGCAAGUAAUGGAAGAGAAGCUCGACCAACACAACGUGCAGUUGGCCCAGGUCACGCCAGCGAAUGGAUUCGAAAUUUUGGAUGAAACUAGACUAAAGGCACUGAUUGACGAGAUGUAGCGGACUGCAUGUUCCCUCAGCACUUUGUAAUAACAUGUUUCUCUUUCUCUGAGGUGAAGUUC